CAGAAUAAUUGCAGCCAUGGGUAAAGAUCCAAAUAAACCCAGAGGAAAGAUGUCCUCGUACGCAUUCUUUGUGCAGGACUGUCGUGAGAAACAUAAGUCGAAAAACCCUGGCACUUCAGUCAACUUCGCAGAGUUCUCCAAGAAGUGUUCUGAGAGGUGGAAGGCCCUGUCAGGGUCAGAGAAAGGCAAGUAUGAAGAAAUGGCUAGGAAUGACAAGGUCCGUUAUGACCGAGAGAUGAAAUCCUACGUGCCUCCCAAGGGUGCCAAGAAAGGGAAAAAGAAAAAGGACCCCAACGCUCCUAAGAGACCCCCGUCCGCAUUCUUCAUCUUUUGCUCUGAUAAGCGUCCCGACGUGAAGAGCAAGAAUCCGGGCAUCUCCAUCGGCGACGUCGCGAAGAAGCUGGGCGAACUGUGGUCCAAACUGUCGCCCAAAGAGAAAUCUCCGUAUGAGCAGAAAGCCCAGAAGUUGAAAGAGAAAUAUGACAAGGACCUCGCUGCAUACCGCUCCAAGGGCAAAGGCGAUGUAGGUAAGAAGGGCGGGCCAGGGAGGCCAUCGGGAAAGAAAGCAGAGCCGGCAGACGAUGACGACGAUGAGGAAGAGGAAGACGAUGAAGACGAGGAUGACGAUGAGGAUGAUGACGACGACGAUGACUAAACUCUGGAAACUUGAGCAAAAUUUACUGAAUUAUUUGCAAAAAACAAUGUGAAAAUGCAAUGAUUUUUUUUUUUUUAAGCAUUUGAGCUUUUCAAAACAUGUACAAUAAUCUGUAAAACUGAUAUGCAUAUUGAGGUCAUGUACUGUUUUGUAAAUGAAAUGGAUUUUUUUUGUUUUGUUUUUUUCUCUGAGCACUGUCGUUAAUGUCUUGCAUUGUGGUGGUUGGGUUUUGGGUCCCCUCCCCCUUUUCCUCCCCUCUCUAUUUGAUAUGGUUUUCACUGCCAUUUUAAGAUAAACAUGGAACAAUGUUUGUGUAGUUAAGUUUAAGACAGGUUUUUUUAAACUUUGUGCUUUUGAACAAUUUGUGUAGACUGGCU